AUGGCGCACGUUGCCGCCAUGGCGCUGCUCGCGUGCUUGCUCUCCGGGAUGGCGAACGCCGUUUGGAUGCGAUUCUUGGAGAAGAGCUUCCCCGGUGGCACCCUGAGAGCCGUCUCGUUGAAGACUCUGGUUGACUAUGGGUGCUGUGCGACGUCCUUCAACGCGUUCUUCCUCGUCGGCAUCCCAUGGCUCACGGCUGUCUUUGCUGCCCUGGCCUCGGACGGGCUCAGCCCUGCCCCGGCCUCCCUCCUCGAGCACUGGAGCGUGGAGGACUGGCACGCGCUGAUGCGGCUCGAGGCGUGCACCUUUGUGCCCUACAACCUCCUCGCCUUUCGGCUGGUGCCGGUGCACUUGCGCCCCCUCGGGUCCGCGAGCCUCUCCGCUGUGUGCACAGUGGUCCUUUCGGGCGUGACGCUGGGGUUUGGAUAA